AUGUUUGAGAUGGACUUUAACGAUCGUAAAGUUGGUCUUGAUGAACGUGGCCUUUCAAGAGAAGAUAGGAUCUUCCUCGACAAAAUGGAUGCAGAUGUCUGUCUGGUAGGCAAUCAUUAUCAAUUACCUCUUCCAUUCAAGGAGAAUUCACAAGUGAUGCCAAAUAACAGGAGUCAAGCCUUAAAACGAGCGCUAUGGCAAAAGAAAAAGAUGCAACGUGAUUCGAAAUAUCACACGGACUAUACCAACUUUAUGAACGACAUUAUUCGUAAGGGGUAUGCUCGAAAGAUAUCUGAGAAAGAAGCUCAGCCAGAAUGUGGGAAACUUUGGUACCUCCCGCAUCACGGCAUUUACCACCCGAAAAAACCCGACAAGAUACGUGUUGUUUUUGACUGCAGUGCUGACUAUUUCGGGACAUCAUUGAAUAAGAUUUUACUGCAAGGCCCAGAUCUAACCAAUUCUUUGGUUGGCGUGCUCACUCGCUUUCGUCAAGAGCCUGUCGCCUUUAUGGCUGACAUAGAGGCUAUGUUUCACCAGGUAUGGGUUCCAAGUGAGCACUGGAAUUUCCUCAGAUUUCUUUGGUGGCCAGAUGGUAAUCUGGACUUAGAAAUACAAGAGUAUCAAAUGGUAGUCCAUUUAUUUGGAGCAGUUUCCUCCCCAAGUGUAUGUAACUACGCCUUAAGGAAAACAGCUGACGACAACGAAUUAGAUUAUCCAACCGUAGCCACAGUUAUUCGACGGAACUUUUAUGUGGAUGAUUGUUUGAGAUCAGAUAAAACUGAAGAAAGCACCACAAAGUUAAUAGAUGAUUUGAGAACAGUAUGUACGAAAGGAGGAUUCCACCUAACAAAGUUCGUUUCCAACAGUCGUAACGUUCUUGAGUCUAUUCCAGCUGAAGAACGUUCUCAAGAAACUAGAACAUUAGAUUUGGAUCGAGAACGAUUACCUAUUAAGCGUGCCCUUGGUAUUCAGUGGUGUGUCGAGUCAGAUAUGUUUGAAUUCCGCAUCAUCCUUAGCGAUAAACCAUUGACCAGACGAGGGAUAUUGUCGACUAUUUCUUCGGUUUAUGAUCCACUUGGUUUUGUGGCACCUUUCAUAUUGCCCGCAAAAGGAAUCCUACAAGACCUAUGUCGUAAAGAUAUUGAUUGGGAUGAAGAUAUUCCAGAGGCGUACAGAAUCCAAUGGAUGAAGUGGUUAACCGAACUUCCCUUACUUCAUAAGUUGCAAAUACCACGAUGUAUUAAACCUACUCAAUUCGGAACAGUAGUUUCUCGACAAAUUCACAUUUUUUCAGAUGCGAGUGAAUCUGGUUAUGGAGCAGUUGCUUACCAGCGUCUGGUAGAUGACAAUGAAACCAUCCACUGUGCCUUUUUAAUGGGUAAAGCCCGUUUAGCUCCUAUUAAAGCGAUUACAAUACCACGUUUAGAACUCACUGCGGCAGUUGUGUCUGUUCGUAUUGGCGAACUAUUAAAGAAAGAAUUGGACGGUCGAUAUGAAAUAAUAUACCACACUGACUCUCUUACGGUAUUGCGCUAUAUUAUUAGUGAACAACACCGAUUUCACGUAUUUGUUGCAAAUCGGGUACAGUUAAUCCGCGACUACUCAGAUCCCCACCAAUGGAGAUAUAUCGAAACCGCAGAAAACCCAGCAGACGACGCCUCAAGAGGGAUAAAAGGAACAGAAUUUCUUAAUCAACAACGGUGGUUCAAUGGUCCAAAGUUUUUAUGGACACCAGAACAAGAAUGGCCAGAUCAACCAAUAUUUUUGGGUCCAAUUAGCUACGAUGAUCCAGAAGUCAAGAAGGAAAUCGAAAGCAGUGCAACCAAAACUAGUGAAGUGGUCGACCACACCAGUAAAUUGAUUCAUUCCAUUUCUGAUUGGUAUCGACUGAAGAAAUCAGUAGCUGUAUUCCUUCGCGUUAAAAAGAUACUUAGAACAAGAAGACAAUCUGGUCUGAAUUCUACUGACAAAGAUACACAGCAUGAAAGGAAGUUCCCUCUUUCUGCCGAGGAAUUAGCGAAAUCUGAGAUUGCCAUUUUGAAAUAUGUACAACAUACUGAGUACCAUAAGGAGAUAACUUACCUUCAAGAUGUCAUGACCGAAUCGGGCGACAUUGGAUGUCGGAAAUUACAAAAGAAAAAGAAAAGCGACAUCAAGAAGAUUAGUCACAUUUAUCGUCUUGAUCCAUAUCUGGAUGGCGAAGUUCUUAGAGUUGGAGGAAGACUUGAUCGAGCAAAUUUGCCGCAAGAAAUCGCACAUCCCAUAAUUCUACCCUACAAGAGCCAUGUAACAUCAUUAAUUAUUCGCCAUGUACAUCAACAACUCGGUCAUGCUGGUCGCAACCAUGUCAUCGCAACACUUCGAGAAAAUUAUUGGAUCGUUAAAAUCAAUGCAGCAGUUCGAAGAGUUCUAUCUAAAUGUGUUUUUUGUCGUCGUUAUCACGGGAAGCCAAACGAGCAGAAGAUGUCAAAUUUGCCCGAAGAUCGUGUUACACCAGCACCACCUUUCACUCACACAGGGGUGGACUAUUUUGGGCCAUUCAUAAUAAAAGAAGGACGUAAAGAACUCAAGAAAUAUGGUGCAAUAUUUACUUGUCUUGUCAGUAGAGCAGUUCAUAUUGAAGUUGCGAAUUCAUUAAGUUCCGAUUCCUUUAUUCAAGCCCUACGUCGUUUUAUAUCUAGACGUGGCCCUGUGACGAAAAUAAGAAGCGAUAAUGGCUCAAAUUUCGUCGGCGCGAAUAAAGAACUCAUCCGUGCAAUGAAAGAAAUGAAUCAUAAUCAAAUUCAAAUAAAACUUCGCCGCGAAGGUAUUGAAUGGCUAUUUAACACCCCAACAGCAAGCCACAUGGGUGGCGUAUGGGAACGUCAAAUAAAGAGCAUAAGAAAAAUUCUAGCAGGUUUAUUAUACGAACACGGAAGUCGACUGGACGAAGAAUCCUUUAGGACGCUCUUAUGUGAAGUGGAAGCGGUGAUCAAUUCCAGACCGUUAACCAUGAUAUCAAGUGAUCCCACCGAUUUGCACCCGUUGACACCUAAUCAUAUCCUUACAACAAAGUCCAGUAUCAUACUGCCUCCUCCGGGAAAUUUCCAAAGAAAUGAUAUCUACCUUCAUCGACGUUGGCGAAGAGUCCAGUAUCUUGUCAACUUAUUCUGGACAAGAUGGAAAAGGGAGUACCUUCUCACUUUGCAAGCACGUUCCAAAUGGCAACAACCAAAACGCAACCUAACUCCAGGAGACAUCGUAAUUUUGAAAGAAGAGAACACUCCUCGUAACGUAUGGCCUUUAGGUCUUGUUGUAGAUACACAACCAGACUCCAAGGGAUUUGUGAGAACCGUUAUCGUACGAACAAAGGACGCUGAAUAUCGAAGACCGAUCACUAAAAUCGUAUUGUUACUAGCUAAAGAAGAACAAUAA